AUCAUUGCAAGGCAGAGUGUCCACUGCGGGUACAAGUUCUUCUCUUCUUUGGGUCAGUAGAAUAAAGGACUGGUUCCCUCUACAAGCAGGAAAGGAAGGAAGGGGCAGCUGUAGGCUGGAGUGAGUGUUUGCUCUACCUGUUGACAGAUAAAGCUAGGCAGUCGGGUCACCACGGAAUAUUCAACACUACUUGAGCUAUUAUUAUUAUAUUUGUUUAUUUAUUUAAACUGAUGGCCCUCUCACCGUCACAAGGAGACUGAACUGUUCAUUACCCAGCAAGCCCUGUACGCACCACAUGCUAACAAUGAUCAAAUCAAACAGUUUCAACCGAAGACAUCACUCCCCGACAAGACUUGUGUUACCAAGUCUACUCAAUCCUCGUGACAAGAAGAAGUCGAGUAAAUGGUCAAGGGAGAGGAGAUGGACCACUGGACUGGAGAAAGGUCAACUGCCACUGUCCUUUAACCAGGAUCCACUGGUGGCUGAUGAUAAUACCAUGAGACUAUCACAAGACACCACUACAGAUGCUAGUUUAAUGUCACUGACCAGUUGGGGGAGCUCUACUAGUGACUUUGGUAGCUCGACGGACAUAAAUGAGCCACUUAGAUCCACAACCCCAACCCCUGACCAUCACUUCUCCCAACAAGACGUGCUCCAGGAAUUACAGCAACACCAGCAGUUUAGCAAAUCCCUGGAGGCUGAGUCCAACCAUCAGUACCAGCUCUCCUAUGAACUAGCUGUAGAUAAUUCACCAUUGUCACCUUCCACCUAUGGACCAAGCACACAGGUAACUCAGUGUCUUUAUGUGAUAAGAGAGUUACUAACUACUGAGAGGAGGUACAUAGCAGAUCUAACAGAUAUCAUUGAGGGGUAUCAUAAACCAUUUAUUAGUAAGAUUGGUUCACUGUCCAUUACUCAUGAAGAUGUCUCUAACCUGUUUGGUAACAUUGAUGAAAUAAGAGCCUUCCAUUGGACUAUAUUUGAUGCUCUUCAAUUUUGUGGACAUGACUAUCAGAAAAUAGGUCAAUGCUUCAUAGACAAGGCUCAAGAGUUCAAGUUAUAUUCUCUUUACUGUAACAACUACCCUCGAUUAGUACAGACUCUGGCUAAGAUCUCAACGGAUAAGUCCGUCUCUCGUUUCAUUAAAAACUGUCAGCAGAGACUCAACCACCCCCUCCCACUGGGAGCGUACUUACUGAAACCAGUUCAACGGGUUUUGAAAUACUCACUGCUUCUAAAGGAACUUGUAAAGCACAUGACAUUAUCAGACAACGGACUCGUUGAAAUGAAGAUGGCUCUGGAUCACAUGACUGAAGUGUCGGAACACAUUAAUGAGAUGCAGAAGAAAUAUGAUUCAGUUGUUCACACUCAAGAGAUACAGUCACUGCUCACCGGAUGGGAGGGACCAGAGUUAACUACAUAUGGUGACAUUGUACUAGAAGACAGUUUCCGGGUUAUGUUGAAUAAAAGUGGCUCUCUCAGACCAGCUCAAACCGGGUUCAAGACCAUUAAAGAUGCCUACGUGUUUCUAUUUCAGAAAUUAAUUCUAAUUGUUAAGAAGAAAGAUGAAGGAUAUCAGUACAAGCUGAGUGUGAAGGUAGCUGAUGCUCAGUUGACGGAGCACCUCAAGGAUCAGACCAGUUUCCAAAUAAGGCAAAUAUCAAGCAAAAGUACUUUAACAUUCCAGGCGAAGAGUGCUGAGCAGAAGCAGCUGUGGAGUGACAGCUUCAAAAGGUUACUAAUGGAAAGCCUUCCAGGUCUACCUGACAAAGCUAGACAGUUGAUAAUGGCUGGAUUCACAACUGAUUUACAUACAACCCAUCAAGAAGCACCAAAGAGUUUUACACUUGACAGAAAACAUUAUAAAAAAGAAGAGAGAAGUGAGAGUCCGUCUAAAGCGACCCGACACUCACUGGCCCCUCUCAGUACUAAUCCAGCUGCUUUAAGACAACACUCAUCUCCUAUUGGUUCCAAGUCAGCUAAACCUGUCAUAUCUCUGAUAGGACCAAUAGCCACUGGAGCCUUCAUUACAACUGGAGCUAGUAAUAAUAAUAUACCGGAAUCACCUUCAGGAGGGAAGAAAGGGAAGGUACGAGUACCUCACGGGGUACCCUGGACCAGGAGUGACUCUGAUCCAAACCUCAUGGAUGGAUACGAUCAAAAGUUAACGGAACCACCUGCUAAAAACUUGCCUUCAUCUCUCGCCUCCAGUCCUGUUGCUAGGAUACCAGGUACCAUUAACCUCAGCCGACCGGCCCCGUUAAACCACUCCCCUUUGGCCACACCUACUAAUAAAGAGACUCCGGUACGUUCAUCAGUUUCCUCUCCUGAUCUGAAGAGACCACAUCCACUGCCACUCCUACCAGUACAACUGGAUGACGAUCCCCUCCCUCCAUCCUCUCCUGUAUUAAUAAUCUCUCCUCCUGUUAUAGACUCCCUUGUAGCCCCGCCCUCUUCCUCUACCCCUCCUUCCUUUCUCAAUAGUCCUUCAGUAGCUCCUCCCUUUCACUCUCGCUCCAGGUCAGCCUCUUCAAAGGAGCCGUCACUAGAUACCAUACCCUCCAUUGAUAACACUCCACGCAACUCAGUUAUUGAAGGAAACAUUCCUGACCACACCCACUUUGACUCCACCUCUUUUCCUAAUACUGAUGACUCUGCUAGGGAUCACGCCUCUCCUACUGGCCACACCCCCUCUCCUCUACCUGUCUUCAUGUUCCCCUCUGAUCCUCCUACUGAUAUCAUUCCAGUUCAAACUAAUGGAGACAUUCUAUUGGAACCUCCCCCGUCCUUUGGGGCGGAGCCUAUUGUUACGCAAUACACCUUGGACACUGGACCACAGGACACUGGACCAGUAGACACUGGACCAGUGGACACUGGACGAGAGGAAAGGAACCAGUUGCUGUUUGAGGAACUAAUGAACAUGCCUUCUUCAUCAUUAGUGUCUUCAUCAGCCCCACCUACUUUAACAUCUCCGCCCACUUUACCACUGAAUGAAACUCCGCCUCCUUCCACGCCUCCUUCAACACCGACUCAUUCACCUUCACUGUCAGCCCAACCCCCUUUAACUCCGCCCUCUCCUCAGCUAUCAGUCCCGCCCCCUCCCCCGCCCACUCAUUCCUCGUUAUUCGGUGAAGAUGAGCAGCAACACUUGAUUAAAGUGCUGAGUCAGCAUCAUGACGUGGUUGAUGAUGAACUGACUCCAAGAGAGGAAGUGGGUGGGGCUGACCCCGCCCCAGUCCUUAACACAGACCAGCCUAUUGUGUUUCAAGCUGAAGGUGACGCUAGGUCUAGUCCAUCAGGCAAGGUCCCACUGAGACUGAAACUGGUAUCACCUGGUGAGUUCCCACCUCCUGUCACUGAUUAUCGGAGACAGACCACACCCUAUACCAGUAUUGAAGACAUGCCCUCAUUAUUUGAUGAUGCACUACCUGACACUCCCACCACUCCUGUCUGUCACCCUCUCUCUACUCCUCCCCCUUCCUCCCCUCUCCCUCCCUCCUCUCCUCCUAUCUCUCCCCUCGUUAACUCGUUCUCUCGUCCGGCUGAGUCUUUAGAGGAUUUUGAAAGCUCUUCCCCCAGUGUUAGGCGUUGGCACAGUUUCCAUGGUGAUAAGAACAGGAGGGUCUUUAGAUCAUUGACUGAUAAUUCAAUGCAUAAAGUUCCGUCUUCACCGAGAAAAGAUAAGAAAGAUAAGUCCCAGAGUAAGGCGGAGUCAGCUAGUAAGCUUGGAUUUUUACGAAAUAAAAGUUUUGGUAAAUCAAACACCAUAGCUGCUCGCCCAAUUUCAUUGGUCGGUUUAGUUCAUUCAACAAGAGAUGAUUCUGAUCUUGUUGAUCUCUCUGAUGCCAUUGAAAUGAGCAAACGCCACAAAGCUCAAACUCCAGACUAUAUCCUACUCCCACCUGCUGAGUUCAGAGCCCAUGAUGAUGAUACUGAUACAACUUCACCCGAGACCAUUGGAUACUCUCCCCCUCUAUCUUCAUCAUCUUCGGCUGCUAAAAGGAAAAUAAGUACAGGAACUAACGAAGAGAAUACAGUCUCAUCUUUAUCAAAUAUAUCAUCAUCUUCUAAUUCUGUGACUUCUCCUGAUGGAGGGAGAAAGAAGAACCGUUGGUCUUUACUGAGAACCAAAACCUCCUCCAGUAGAGAGGAGGAGGGGAGACAUGACCUCUCACCGACACACUCCAAGAUACACUCUGAACCUCAGGGCAGUGAUGGGAUCAGUGAGAGAUCAAGGGAUCAGAUCAAAGAUGAGAAAUCAAAGAGUUUGUUUAACGUUGACUCAAAUGACACUAGACGCCGGAGUAAAUCAAUAAAAGAGAAGAGAAGGACCGGCACCUCUUCAAGUGAAAGAGCAGAGCUAGCAAACACUCUACCAGCUGGUAAGGAGCGGAAACAGUCCAGGGUACGUAACAUGGCAAGGGAAUACUCCAAACGUAUCAAGAAACAGACCGCAACUGCUGAAUCAGCAGCUACUACUGCCGGUACCAGUACUGAUUCAAAUGAUGAGAUAGCCCCAAAGUGGGUCAUUGGCCUGAGAGAAAGAAGGAGACAAACUAACACAAUAGGAGCUAACAGACACAGCAUGAUCAGUCAAGCAGAUGAAGAAUGGAUACUCAAUCACACCACCAGCCCACUGACUCCUACCUCAAUACACUCUGAGGUCCCACCUGGUUUCCACUCACCAACGUCCAUUGACUCACCCCCCAUGACCCCGGACCCCUCCUGGGGGGCAGCCAUUAUUACUCCUUCAAUAUCUUUCUCAGCCGAGCAUGAGGUUAUAGAAAGACCAAAAUCAACAGAUCCCAGAGAACUAAAGUCAAUUCAUAGCAACCUCCAGCGAUUCUCUAGCGAGACUGUACUGAGCCAGUCUACGGAGGAGGAGGAGAAGAAGUCCCCGUCCAAAGGCGGUAGUGGUCAGAAGGACGGAGGGGGGCGGGGGAAAGGUGGGAGGAGUUGGGUUAGAUCACUUGUUUCACGAUUUAAUUCAAAUAAAUAAAUAAAUCGAAAUCAUUCAAUUUUAAAUCAAUAAUAUCUUCAAGACAUUUAUUAUUAUUAUUUGUGAUUUUAUUAUCUCUCAUUACAUGUGGCAUAUUAUUAUUAUUAUUAUUAUUUUGUGAUUUUU